UUUGAAGGGUCCCUCACUCUCACUCUUUCUUUUCUUUCCUUAACUUAACCCACUACAUUUCUCUUUGCGAACAUGGCUGGUUCAAAUAACCAGAGACAUUGUUUCUUUGACGAAGACGAUUCUGUGGUUGACACAGAGCCUGGCCAUUCAGGUCACAACUACUUCCAAUAUCAACACACCCUUGUUUCCAGGACUAUGGGAUACGCUACCUAUUACAGAAGCCCUGGCGUUAGAGGAGCACCCUUCUCGCUUUCUUCGCCGAGAUCUGCCGCCAGAUUCUACGAUGCAAGAUUCGAAGAUCACCAGCCUCACUUCCUCCAUUCUUGUUUCCUCUGCAAGAAGCCACUCGGGGAAAACAGAGACAUCUUCAUGUACAGGGGUGACACGCCUUUCUGUAGCGAAGAGUGCAGGCUAGAACAGAUUGAGAUAGACGAAGCUAAGGAGAAGAAUCGGAACCUUUCUUCUUCCAUGAAAGCUUUGAGAAAAAAGGAGCAAAGAAAAUCCACAUCACCAAACAGGGCUCAAGAUUACUCUUUCCGUACAGGAACGGUUGCUGCCGCUUAGAUGAAAAAACCAACCACCUCGAUGCAAUUUUUAGGGUUAUCAGAGAGAGAGAAUACACUAAAAAAACAACAGAAAAAAGAGAAAAGUAAAAACAAAAAAAGAAAAAGUAGAAGAGAAGGUGUUUCUUUUUUUUUCUUUUUUUUAAUUUUGGGGAUAGAUCUUUCUUUCUUUCAUCGAAGAAGGUUCGAGAGAGAAGAGAUCCAGUUGUGGAAGUAAUUUUUGUUCAUCAAGCUGUAAAUGUUACGCCUGUUCAGAAGAGUGUGUACUGUAACGCUUGCGGGAUCCUCUCUCCGAAAUGGCUUAUUUUCUGGGGAAUUUUUUUUUCUUUUUUGGGGUGGGAAAAAGUAUACCAAACGUUUUGGUUUUCUGCUACUUUCAUGUAAUGUAUUUACUAUUAUGUAUGUUGUCUCAAAAAUGUUUCAUAAUUUUAACGAAGAAACUGAAUACGAGCUAAA